AUGGCUAGUAAACGUGUUUUAAUUGUGGAUUGUCAAUUUCCAUCAAUUAUUAUUUCAAAACAAUCGUGGUCAAAUUUUAUUGAUGACGAUAAUGAUGAUACAGAUUUAUAUAUUUUCACUAGUAAUGGUGCAUUAUCUGAAACAGACAAAAUUAGUAAAUAUAUACGAGUUUAUAAAGAAGUUCCCGAUCCCACAACAGAUGGUACAUUAGAAUUAUGGGCAUUAGAAAUGCAUAGAAAACAUGUUUUUACACAUAUUUAUACAAAAUGUGAAGAAUUAAUAUUCCGAGUAGCUCAUUUACGUUCAUUACUUAAAAUAAAAACUGGUUUAACAGCUGAAACAGUUGCAGCUUAUCGUGAAAAGGUUUGUAUGAAAGAAAUUGCUCAACGAGGCGGAUUUCCAGUUCCAAAAUUUGCUCGUUUAUAUUCACCAUCUGAUCUUAUUGAUUUUAUUGAAAAAAAUAAAUAUCCAGUAAUAAUCAAACCAACACUUGGUCGUGGUACAUCUGGUAUUCAUCUAAUAAAAAAUGAAAAUGAAUUAGAAAUAUUUCUUUCAUCAAAACUUUUUUCAUGUAUUGAUAUUAAUCAACGAACUGAUUUAGUUGGCGAAUUUAUUGUUGAACAAUUUAUAAAUGGACGUAUGUUUCAUGUUAAUGGUAUUGCAAAAAACGGUCGAAUUAUGCAUAUAUGGCCAUUUAAUUAUAUUAAUACAUGUUUAGCUUUUUGUCAAGGAACAGCUUAUGGAAAUUCAUCAAUUCCUCAAUCAAAUUUAUUAUAUAAUCGCUUAUAUAAAACUGCACAACGUCUUCUUGAUAUUUUUCCAACACCAUCGGAUGUAUUGAAUUUUCAUCUUGAAUUAUUUGAAAAUCUUGAUAAAAAUCGUUUACCUAAUGAUGAUUUUAUUUUAUGUGAAAUAUCAGGACGUGGUCCUGGUGGUUCAAUAAGACAUCUGAUUAAUUUAUUAUGUUUUGAAAAUGAUACAAAAGAAUCAUAUGCUCGUCUAGAUUUUCGAGCAAGUAUUUCAUUAUCAAUACCAAAAUUUAUCGAAGAAGAUCAAGAAAAAGUUGUUACAGAUCUUAUAGUACCAUUUAAACAAGAUCAAUUUAUCUAUAUACCACGCCAAUGUCCAAUUGAUUAUUUAGUAUAUACACCAAUAGGAGAGAUUGGAAAAGCAUUAACUUAUAAAAAAUAUAAUAUAAAUGGUAUAAAUUCUGCUUGCCGUUUUGUAGCAAUUACAAAAACAAAAGAUGAAGGACAAAAAUUAGUAGAAAAAGGUCUUCAAUGGUUCGAAAAUGUUUGUAUUAAUAUAUCAAGUGAUGAAUCAUAA